CAUCUGAUUACAUUUCUCUCAUUAUGUGGCUCGCCUUACUUUAUCAACAAGCAGGCAACUCGUAUACUCGAGAGCAUUCAUAUUUGAGUAGGUAUUUUGAAUAAGUUGAUUUUAAAAAAAAAAAAAAAAACCUCGUAUAUCAUAUGAAAAAUGUUCACUACCCUAUUAUGUGGCCUCACCCUCGCAACAUCAUUAAUAUUUGUAACACCAGGGAAUGCAGAUCAUAGCUAUAUCCCUGACGACAUAUCUCUAUCUGAUAACACAAAUAAAACAAUUGAGAAAAUAUCUGAUGAUGAUGUCCGACGAGAAGUGGAGCUUAUCGCCAAACGAGAAAAAUACUACAAAAAGAGACUAGAUGAGAUCGAACCAUCAAAAGGUUAUUACGCAUUUCGAUGCGCCAUGGAUGAAAUGAAAACCGAAUCCUUUACAAUAUUCCCCAUGCUCAAACACAAAUCCGAACAUCAUCGCACCAAGACUCAGCUCAUCGAAGGUAUCAAUAAUAAUAAAGAGGUCUUACUUCCCGAAGACGUUAAAUCUUCCAAGAAGUUAUUCGGGAACAUAGAAUCGCAAUUAUUUCCCACAGAAAAAGACCAUCUCGCGCGCAAAAACAUUCCACAUUAUUUCAACACGAUGUUCACAUUUCUUACAAAAUGUAUCGAGGAAGACUACGGUUCAUCUUUAUCAAAGACAGAUAGGGAACACGCUUUUAAAAUUCGAGCAGAGUUAUCUGAACUACACGGAAUGAACGAAACUCUCGACGAAUUUACUACAAUAAUAGUCAAAUUUUGCUCAUCUUAUGCCCGUACCCGGCAUUUCAGUAAUGGUAUGCAUGACCUUUACACGUUCCCCAUCCAGGACGAGACUCGAGAUUUGGAACAAGAGAAGAACCGACCGGUAUGUUUAGCUGAGGUGUUGGGUUCAAUGGGAUUACUGCAGGCUUGGAAUUUCUCUGAAGAGGAUCUAAAUCAUGCGAAUAUAAUUCGCAAGAUUCUCAAACCGUCGACGAAACAUUUGUUUUUAUCAUCUUCCUACGAUAUCGAGCUGUUGGAAGAGAAAAAUGGACCGCAGGUAGUUGUAAGGAGAAUUGGGGUUCUACCUCAACUGGAUGUGAAAGCCUGUCCAAAACUGUAGAUUUACAUUAUGUUUAUGGAUUAUAUUGAAUCUUAUUGCUGUUACAUGUAAUAUUCUAUAGUCGAAUUAUAGCUGUCUAGUGCUGUU